CAGAUCAUUGUCAUAGGCAAACACGGCCCCCUAAUAUAAAAAGCACGGUCAAGUUCGGUACGGCCUCAUACACGACGAGAGACGUCAAUACGAACACAUCGAUAGAACCACUAAUAAGAGCACAAAUAAUAAAUAAUAAUAUCGACAUAUAAAAUAUACAUCGCCGAYCAUGGAGGGUUGGAGCUUAGUUUCUGAAGGAUCAAGCACGAUGAGUAUUAGUCAGGAAGUUCUGAGAAGCGUUUUAUAUGGGAAAUGGUGUAACGUUUUUGGUGGACAGAAAGAGCUCACUUUUAAAUCAAGCUUUCUCGACAAAGCCGAAUACCCGUCUGACGAAGAAUCCGAGCCAACAUAUCCAGAAAACUUGGAUAGUUUAAGUUCUCCUACAAUGUUACCAGUCUUGAGCAGUGAGAAUACCAAGUCGAAACAGCUUUGCCUAAACAAUGACUCCUACUGUAUGGCGUUUGUCUCGCUCCCCGAACAAGUAACAAUCGCUCCGUCUUCCAUCCCUGGMGUACAAUUAGGGGUUUUUAGUAGUUGUUGGAUCAAGGAAGGCACGCAGAUGGGCCCUUACACUGGCCGAAUUGUGAAACCCAACGAAGUGAACUAUGAAAUCGACAACAACCUUAUGUGGGAGGUUUUAAACGAAGAUGGAACAAUCAGCCACUUCCUCGACGCGAAGGACGAAAGCCCGCGAAAUUGGAUGGGGUUCGUUAACUGCGCACGCAACGAACAAGAACAAAACCUCGAGGUGUUUCAAUUUGGCGGGAAUAUWUAUUACCGCGCCAUCAAGGACGUUCCGCCUGAUCAAGAACUUUUAGUGUGGUAUGGAGGCACGUAUAUGCAAUUCCUCGGAGUGCCAGGAAUCCCGCCGGUCAAUGAUUACUCAAGAAGGCGACGGAAAGGCCAGCCUGGUGAACUUCCUUCGCCUAUUUCUCAAGAACCUGUUUGUAAAUUCACACAGGAAAACAAGCCGAACGCAGUUCCAGGCCGCCUCAAAUGUACACUCUGUAGAAGGGGGUUUAAUUCAAGAAGCAAUCUUCGCUCGCAUAUGCGAAUUCAUACUCUCGAAAAGCCGUUCCAGUGCAAGUAUUGCAAGAAAUCAUUUUCUCAGUCUUCAACGUUACGGAACCACACGAGACUACACACGGGCGAAAAGCCCUAUAAAUGUACUGUUUGUCACUAUGCGUAUUCGCAGCUCGCUGGACUACGCGCGCACCAAAAAUCCGCAAGACAUCGACCAUCSAAGAACAGGCAACUAAGUGAAGAAUUAGCCGUAGCUGAAACAUACAGYGAAAGGCGGCAUUCACUAGACUUAGAUUCACCAGUUCAAUGAUUUAAUAUAAUAAUAUUUCAUAAAGAAAGCAAUAAGUUAAAUAAUUUUUAUUGAUAUACAAAAUGAAUAUGAUGAUUUUUUGAGAUAAAUAAAUGAAGACGAAUUCUUAUUUCGCGCUAAAAAAGAAAUGAUCAGUGGAUUUACAGUCCGAUCGAGAAGAGAAAAAAGUUGAUAUUUAGACGAAAAAAAAAUAAAGUAUUUUACAAUCAAUGAUGUUCAAUCRCUCGCACACCAAAGCCUGACAGAAAUGUUUUUGCUUUUAAAAAUGUAAAAUGUAAAUACGCAUGUAGAUAUAUUUUGUACAAUUUUACAAUUAGUUUGCAAUAAAAAUGCUUAAAAUGACCACGUCAUGAACUAAAAAGAAAUGUGUCUUUGUAAUUCAUUCAAGUGUUAGUGUAUUGCAUCAAACCGUCGUUAGUUUGUAGUGUCGUUGAUGGUUGUACAUUAAAAAAGGGAUAAUAAAACCAGAAGAUCAAAUUUCACCAAAUGGUUGGCGUCAAUGUGAAGGGCAGUGGCAUUUURUUUGAUCCUGAAUASGAUCUACUUUAGUGGCUGAUUUGACGAGUCAAUGACAUCUA